GGUGCUAUAUUUCUCAAUUUGGAAAGUGUAGCUUCAGUUGGUUAAGCAUUAAAUCGCGUCUGUUUGGGGACUUGUUCAUAACGAUAAGUAUUUUCUUGAAAGUAUUCGGAUACUACUUUUUCUGAGCGUUGAAGGGGAAAGAUAUCGAAAUAUCUGUCAAUGGGUUUCAGUUCGGAAAAGAGGAUGCUUCGAUAUACAUGAACUACAAACAUUGGGACCACUCUCAAGUCUUGUGAAACGCAGUAUGGAGACCUUUGGAAACACCACAACAUUUAGAUGCCUGCUGUUAUCUUUCAGCACAACGAAAUCUGAACAGAAUGUUCGAAAUGGACGUGCGUAAUGGACAUUUCUCGCAUAACUUUGUAGGGACCUGGACACUCAUUAGUUAGCUUACCAUUCACUGCUCAUAGGAGGACGAAAAGAGGAAAUUAUUCUGUUUCAAAAUUGAAAACCAUGGUUGUCAUGCUGUAAUAGAAGCCUGGAAUAAGCUGUGCAGUGCUAUUCCCCUCUGGACCUCACACCUGAACGCUUAACUGACCAACAAAGAUUUGACAGGAAAAGAAGUUAGACACACACACCGAAAAUCAAUAGAGCACAUGCUGUGCUUCGUCUCACUAGGAGUCUGCAAACGCCUUUAUCGCAUUGAGUUGAGAAUUUCUAUUUCUAAGGCAAAGCCAAAAACAUAUGGAAUGAAGAAGUGAUAUUGACUUGUUGUCCAUGACUGGACCGGUUGAAAAGGACUCCCCGUGUGAUGUGGAUCAUGUUAAUGUUCAAGCUCACCCUCAACAUCAACACGACUGGACCGCCCAGCCUUUAGCUCUGAAACCAAAUUAAAUAACCCCUUGGUUCAGCUUUAAACUAGGACAGAGCGAGCCAACCCUGUAUCACUAUCAUCUAUGAGUGUGGACUCUACCCACCGAGGGUUAUUGAAAGAGAACCAGACCAUCAAAGCAGUAGUUGAUAGGGAGUCGGGGUCUGUGGUGUUGUGCUCGGUCUGGCUGGAGGGGAGAUAAGAGCGAUAAGGGCGAGCGAGGAAGCAGAGCAGAAUACAAAUUCUGCCGUCCCUUGGCCAGACUGCAGUGUCAAACCAAUAUUAGUGUGUCUACUGAAAUGGACAGUGAUUCAGCAACUGUAGUAAAUCCAAUAGUUGUGCAUUGAAAUGGUACGAGUAUAACCAAAAUCUCUAAUAUUUUUUACAUUUACAUUUUCGUCAUUUAGCAGACGCUCUUAUCCAGAGCGACUUACAAAUUGGUGCAUUCACCUUAUGAUAGCCAGUGGGACAACCACUUUACUUUAAUAUGAAACUAAAUAGCAGUCAUCACUUUUGAGACGAUCAAAAUGGAGAUAAACAAAUAACCCAGUGUGUCUUCAAGAGUGAAAUAAGGGAUAAAGGAUCCAUCAUGUCCCAUGGAUACGUGUGACAACCAACAGUGACAUCCAUCAAUGCAGCCCUCUUUACCAUGCGGAGAAGACAAAGUGAACCAUAGGCUCUGAUCGAUUGCGGUGAUGUGGCUUGUCUAGACCUGGAACAAAGGGUUACAGGGGAAAGGCGAGAUGGAUCAGGAUAAUAGCUCCGUUGAGUCAAUCUUCACCAAUGCCACAGAGAGCCCUGUACCUUCAGAGGCACCCUGGGAUGAGGCCAUUCUCCUGGGCCUGCAGAUCUUCCUUUCGGCCAUCCUGGCCAUCGUCACCAUGGCCACCGUGCUGUCCAAUGCCUUUGUUAUCGCCACCAUCUUCCUGACCCGGAAGCUGCACACGCCAGCCAACUUUCUGAUCGGUUCGCUGGCCGUGACAGACCUGCUGGUGUCCAUCCUGGUCAUGCCUAUCAGCAUUGUGUACACGGUGAGUAAGACCUGGUCCCUGGGGCAGAUCGUCUGCGACAUCUGGCUGUCAUCGGACAUCACUUUUUGCACCGCCUCCAUCCUGCACCUGUGUGUCAUCGCGCUGGACCGCUACUGGGCCAUCACCGAUGCCCUGGAGUACUCCAAGCGCCGGACGAUGCGUCGAGCGGGCCUGAUGAUAGCAGUGGUGUGGGUGAUCUCCAUCUCUAUCUCCAUACCGCCGCUCUUCUGGAGGCAGGGCAAGGCCAACGAGGAAGUGAUGGAGUGCCUGGUGAACACGGACCAGAUCUUCUACACGCUCUACUCCACCUUGGGGGCGUUCUAUGUGCCCACCGUGCUGCUGAUCAUCCUCUAUGGCCGGAUCUAUGUGGCCGCCCGCUCGCGCAUCUUCAAGACUCCGGCGUCGUCCGGCAAGCGUUUCACCACGGCCCAUCUCAUCCAGACGUCAGCCGGCUCCUCCCUCUGCUCCAUCAACUCUUCCGCCUCCAACCAGGAGGGCCACCUGCACCAAGGAGGGGGAACCAGCGGAGGUGGAGGAGGAGGCAGAGGUGGAUUGCCUCUCUUCAAUGACAGCGUGAAGGUGAAGCUGGCUGACAGCGUGCUGGAGAGGAAGCGUCUGUGCGCCGCCCGGGAGAAGAAGGCCACCAAGACGCUGGGCAUCAUCCUGGGAGCCUUCAUCGUGUGCUGGCUGCCUUUCUUCGUGGGCACCCUGGUACUGGCCAUCUGCAAAGAAUGCUGGUUCCACCCAGUGCUCUUCGACGUGUUCACCUGGCUUGGCUACCUGAACUCGCUCAUCAAUCCCGUCAUCUACACCGCCUUCAAUGACGAGUUCAAACUGGCCUUCCACAAACUCAUCAAGUUCAAGAGAUGCUACUGAGGGAAUGCGAGGAUUGUACAUUCAAAAUUGAAAUCCAUAGCUUAUUCUCUCGCCAUACUUAGUAAAUACCGGUAUGGGAAUAUAGGGCCUGUUCAUAGAAACAGUCUACUGUUGUAAACACACAUGCUCAUUGUGUUUGGUCUCUGUACAUUUUUCUGUACAUUGGAACUUCAUUGACCGGCUUAUGAGGUGCCACAGCUCUUUUAGAUAUUUCCAUAAUACAGAUUUAUGCAUGCAUUUCUAAAAGAAGAGAGAGUAAAACAUAUUCAGACUACAAAACAUAUUAUAAAUUAGGGUUUGGGUUGGGAUAUUACAGACCCCAAAAGAACAGACUCAUCAUACAUUGAGACAAAUUAAUAAUUAUAAAUGAGGGUUUGGGGUGGGAUAUUACAGAUAUUACAUGAGAACUGGAUCUCCUUUGGAUGAUAGACAUGAGGGAAAUGAUCCAUGGAUUAUAACUGAGCAGGGGAUUAUAAACCUCCAUCGUACUGGAAAAGCCACAGCAUGUUGUCACAGAAAUGUCACAUUACAGAGGCUCAUCGUCCAUAACACAUCUGUGGUACA